AAAAAAAAGUGCCUUUUUGUCUCCAAAGUCGGUCAAUUAAAGAGUUAUAAAUUCAUUAAAACUUCGCCCUUUGUUUGUUCUUUAUUUUUCUUCCACAUUCUGUAAUUUCACUGAGAGUUUUGAAAAUGGCGCCGCAGACGAGGGGCUCUUCGUUCCCGAAAAUCGUGAUUGAGAGAGACUCCGACACCGAAGAAAGUUCAGAAGAAGAGCUAGAACAAGACGAAGACGAAGAAGAUGUUGACGAUGAAGUCCAGAACCACGCCGGAGAGGGGUCGGAUGAAGAUCAAGUAGAGGAGAAGGAUGAGGCGUCGACGUCGACGAAGAGGAAAAAAGACCUCAUCACUCUCAAGAGAGUCUGCAAAGUGUGUAAGAAGCCGGGUCAUGUAGCCGGGUUUCAGGGCGCCACUUACAUUGACUGCCCUAUGAAGCCAUGUUUCCUUUGCAAAAUGCCUGGGCAUACCACGAUGACAUGCCCGCACAGAGUGGCUACUGAGUUUGGGGUUUCGCCUGCACCCUUGAAGACCUCUCAUAGUUCGUUGAAGUAUCUUUUCGAGCGCCAACUUAGGUGUCGUGUGCCUGCGAUGAAGCCAGCAUUUGUGAUUCCAAAUAAAGUGAACUGUGCAGUAAUUAGAUAUCAUAGCAGGCGUGUUACAUGUUUGGAGUUCCACCCGUCAAAAAACAACGUUCUUAUAUCUGGUGACAAGAAAGGACAGCUUGGAGUUUGGGAUUAUGGGAAGGUGCACGAGAGGAUAGUAUAUGGAAACAUACAUAGCUGCAUAUUGAAUAACAUGAAGUUUAAUCCGUUAAAUGAUGGAACAGUUUAUGGUGCCUCUUCAGAUGGAACAGUCAGCAGCACUGAUUUAGAAACUGGAAUUUCGUUGUCAUUGGUCAACCUCAAUCCUAGUGGGUGGCAGGGACCUAGCAGUUGGAGGAUGCUCUAUGGUCUUGAUAUGAACUCUGACAAAGGAAUUUUGCUUGCUGCAGAUAAUUUUGGGCUUCUCUAUAUGAUUGAUGCGCGCUCUAACAAAGUGACAGGAAAGCCUAUAUUGAUUCACAAGAAAAAAAGCAAAGUUACUGGUUUACACUGUCAUCCUCUCCAACCAGAUCUCCUUUUAAGUUGUGGCAACGAUCACUUCGCUCGCAUAUGGGACAUUCGACGACUUGAAGAUGGUUCUUCUAUUUAUAAUCUUCAACACAAGCGUGUUGUGAAUUCAGCCUAUUUUUCCCCGCAAAGUGGUAGCAAAAUACUUACCACGUCACAGGACAACAGGAUUCGUGUAUGGGAUUCCAUCUUCGGAGAUUUGGACUCUCCAAGCCGAGAGAUUGUGCACAGUCAAGAUUUCAACCGACACUUGACUCCGUUCCGAGCUGAAUGGGAUCCAAAGGAUUUCUCAGAGUCCCUCGUUGUUGUUGGGCGUUACAUAAGUGAAAACUUCAAUGGAGUAGCCUUACAUCCCAUAGAUUUCAUAGACAUCACUAAUGGUCAGUUAGUCGCUGAGGUGAUGGAUCCUAAUAUAACGACAAUCACUCCUGUAAAUAAGCUACAUCCACGCGACGAUGUCUUGGCAUCUGGUAGUUCCAGGUCCAUCUUCAUCUGGAAGCCACAAGAAAAUGCUGAGCAAGAGCGUGGAUGGGAUGUUAAUCGUCGGAUCAUUUUAUGCGGAAAGGGUGAAAAAUCACGGAAAGGGAAGCUCGAUGAUGACAGUGGAGAUGACGAUAUGUUCGACUCCAAGAGCUCGAAGAGCAAGAAAAUUCACGUAAAAUAUAAGUUACAUGGUGGUAAGAGGAAAUGUUGAUUUUUGGGUAGGGUCUGGGGGAAGUGGCAAUACAAAUAUUUUGUGUACAAAAUAGGGUAACGUAGUGAUUAGAGGAGUUAAAUGGACAGGACCAGCCCGGUUAAUGUGAGAAAUUGGCAGGUCUGAUGCAUCGAGCUCAUAUUUUUGCGCCUAUAAAAACAUUGUCCAAGUCCCUCUAAAAACCCAGUUGCGCCAUGUUUAACAGUUCUAGUAAUAUUUGUGUUUCUACUUAUAUCAUGCAUAUAAAACUUUUUUAUUUUCGUUUGUUCUGUAAGAAAAUAUCAUGUCUAUUUUAAAA